CAACAGAACAGAGGGAUGCUUAGGAAGGAAGAUUGACUCCAGGGUACCAACAAGAAAGCAUGGCCUUCCUCAGGACUCUCUGUGUGGUGACCAUAAUGGUGACAUUCCUGUCAAACGGCUCUCAUUCACAGCUGAGUGUGUGCGGAACUCCUCCUCUUAACACUAGGAUCGUGGGGGGUCAGGAUGCUCCUGCAGGGAGUUGGCCAUGGCAGGCCAGUCUUCACAGAUCAGGCAGCCAUUUUUGUGGGGGAUCCCUCAUCAACAAAGAGUGGGUGCUGACUGCUGCUCACUGCUUUUCCAGUUUCAGCACUUCAAAUUUGUUGGUCUACCUGGGUCGUCUGAGCCAGCAGGGCUCCAACCCCAACGAGGUGACACGGACAGUCACUCAGAUCAUCCUCCACCCCAACUACACCAGCAGUACCAGUGACAAUGACAUGUGUCUGCUGAAGCUCUCCUCCGCUGUGACUUUUACAAACUUCAUUCGGCCAGUCUGCCUAGCUGCACCAGGCAGCUCCUUCCAUGCUGGGGCUACUAGCUGGGUCACCGGCUGGGGCAGCAUCAGCAGUGGAGUGUCCCUGCCCUCACCACAGACCCUACAGGAGGUGGAUGUGCCAGUUGUGGGGAACAGGCAGUGUAACUGUAACUAUGGAGUUGGUUCCAUCACCGACAACAUGAUCUGUGCUGGUCUAUCAACAGGAGGAAAGGAUUCCUGUCAGGGGGACUCGGGAGGUCCAAUGAUGAGCAAACAGGGUAUUCGCUGGAUCCAGUCUGGGGUUGUGAGUUUCGGCAACGGGUGUGCCCAGGCAAAUUUCCCAGGAGUGUACGCAAGAGUGUCUCAGUACCAGACCUGGAUCAACACCCAGAUCACCAGUGACCAGCCAGGAUACGUCACCUUCUCCUCCAGUGGGACUGAUUCUGACCUCAGUGUCUCCUGUAAUGGUCUUCCAGCCCCAGCCACCACCACAACUGCCCCUACGACCACCGCCACCACCACAACUGCCCCUACGACCACAACUUCAACCAAAACUACCCUUGCAACCAUAACUGCCCCUACGACCACCGCUACCACCACAACUGCCCCUACGACCACAACUUCAACCAAAACUACCCUUGCAACCACAACUGCCCCCACGACCACCGCUACCACCACAACUGCACCUACGACCACAACUUCAACCAAAACUACCCUUGCAACCACAACUGCCCCUACGACCACCGCUACCACCACAACUGCCCCUACGACCACAACUUCAACCAAAACUACCCUUGCAACCACAGCUGCCCCUACAACCACUACCACCAAAGCGGCCCCUGGGGCCACAACUACAACCAAUACUACCCUUGUGACCAAAGCUGCCUCUACGACCACCACAACUGCUCCAUCCAUUACCACCACAGUUUACCCUACCACCACAACUAUGACCUCAACUGCCCAUACGACCACCACUAGCACCAUAACCACAACUACCCCUAAAACCACCACUACAACUGCCCCUAAAACCACCACUACAACUGCCCCUAAAACCACCACUACAACUGCCCCUAAAACCACUCCUGAACCCGUGGUGUGUGGCAGUGCCUCUUUGAACUCCCUUACUGGUGGGGGCUUGGCCUCGGGGGGAUCCUGGCCCUGGAUAGCCAGUCUACAGACAGACGGAACACAUGUCUGCGGAGGAACAAUGGUGGCAGAGGACUAUGUCAUGAGCGAUGCUGGGUGCUUCUCCAGUCAGUCCGACGCCUCUCAGUGGACCGUGAUCAUGGGUCGUCUGAAGCAGAACGGCUCCAACCCCAACGAGGUAACCCUUAAAGUAAUCAACAUCACCAUGAGCAACUUGACGGCGAACAACGUGGCAAUCCUCAGACUAGCCAGCCAACCCACGUUGUCUGACUACAUCCAGCCUAUCUGUGUGGACCAGGGAAGCAGCACCUUCAGCAUAGGGACUCAGUGCUGGGUGGCUGGCUGGGGCAAGGACCAGGGUGGAGCCGAACAGAACUUGCAGCAGUCCCAGACCACUGUGGUGGAUUGUGAGAGCUCUGGCUCCUCUGAUAACAUCUGCACUGCUGCCUUGGACCUUCGACAGGGUGAAGGAGGUGGUCCUCUGAUGUGUAAGCAGGGUGAUGCAUGGUACCAAGCUGCUGUGUUGACUGUCGACAGCAGCAACAAGACCAGCUCCAGCAAAACACGAUGGAGCCGGAGUCCUCGCUUCUCCAGCAUCCAGGUCUUCACCAAAACCGCUCGCUUCCAGAGCUUCCUUCAGACCACUGUGGGCCCCCUCCCUUUACCUGUCACAGCCAGAACCCCGGUCAAUGACACCAACACUGCCAACGCUGCCAGCGCAACUACCGCUGUCGUUACUCCUGCCAGUGGGGCAACUCUGGCCCACUCAUCCCUGGUGCUACUCUUCUUGUCUCUCCUCUCUCUCCUACUGUCUCUCGGUCAAGCCUGAUGACACUGAGGAGUCACCUUUAUGUAAAUAGGGUCUAAAUGUGCUCUGUUUGAAGUAUGUACCCUUGCACUUAAUAUAUUGCUGCUCUAGAAUAUUUUGGUGAGUUUAAUCUUGGUUAACCCAGAACUAAAAUCUUGCACAAUUUGGUCAGCUGUGUGAUUUAGUUCUGGGUCAAUGUGUUUCAAAUUGAGAGUUUGGGUCUGCGAAGUCUCCACCCUUUUGCAAAAGGAAACUCUCAGCCAAAGCACUGACAUUUAAGCACC